AUGAAGAGUUCCCAGCAGAAUGUUCCGAUCAUAUUUGAUUACAUAAAAGAUACGGAGUAUAGCAUACAGCCAAUUCGUUGGCUCCUGAGGCCAAUAAGCAUCUGGCCAGUGUCGUCCAUCAAGGAAAAGAUUCUUUCGAUGGUGCUAUUGCUAGUAUGCGUUUUUCUUAUCGUCAGUACUUUAAUACCUUGUGCAUUGGCUACUUUUCUGGAUGAAACCAAAGACGUAGAGGAAAAGUUACGCGAUUUCGGGCCUCUCAGCAAUUGGGUGCUCUCAAGUCUCAAGUACUGCAUGUUGCUGACGCAUGUCGGUGACAUACGUCAAUGUAUCAAAUAUAUCGAAUUAGAUUGGCGUGCCGUGACGAAAAUAGAGGAGCGAGAAGUAAUGUUGAGAAGCGCCAGGAUCGGUCGCUUCAUCGCGAUAUUCGCCGCGACUUUUGUGCACUGCGGAGUGUUCUCCUACAGUAUCUUCCAAGGAAUGACGUUGGAGUCCGCCGCUGAUAACGUAUCAGUGCAUUCUCUGCCUUUUGCGUUCUACGAUAAGAUUCUGGAUACCACGACAAGCCCGGCGUACGAGAUAGUGUUUGCGAUACAAUUCUUAUCUACGUUUGUAGUAAACUCUAUAGUGGUAGCUACAUGUAGUAUCACUUCCGUCUUCGUAAUGCAUGCUUGUGGUCAAUUAAAGAUUCUGAUAUCCUUGUUAAAUAAUCUCGUCGAUAAGAAUGAAAAGAGAGACUUUUCGCAGCAAAAAUUCGCAAUUGUCGUCGAACAUCAUUUAAAGGUACUUAGUUUUGUGUCUCACAUAGAGAAUAUUACGAAUGUUGUUUGUCUCGUGGAAAUAGGGGGAUGCACAAUGCAUAUGUGUCUCUUGGGCUAUUAUUGCAUUUUGGAAUGGAACCAAGACACUAAAGGUUUAAUUGCGUAUGGUAUAAUAUUGAUCUCUGUCACUUUCAAUAUUUUUAUAUUUUGUUACAUCGGGGAGAUCCUUUCGGAGCAGUGCGAUCAAGUUGGCGAAACCGCCUAUAUGACAAAUUGGUAUCUAUUACCUGGAAACAAUGCCCUCGGUUUUGUUUUGAUAAUUUUACGUUCUAGCAUCGUGGUCAAAAUCACUGCUGGAAAAAUGAUCGAGCUUUCUCUUUCUACUUUCGGUAAUGUAAUUAAAUCUGCAUUAGCAUAUUUAAACAUACUUCGUACUCUUAUUACGUAA